AUGGAGUGUAUGUCUGCUCCUCCUGUUGACACUGCCUUAUAUGCCUUCGACGAAGAGGCACACAAUCGCCUUCUGCACUCUCUACAACAGCAUCACCAAAGGCUACGUCUCAAUCCACAAUGCUGCACUAUUCAGAGUCCUGUGACCUUUACUGACGUCUGGGUAUCAGAUGUGGCAUUGACAAAGAUGAUGGCCCAUGCAGAAAGGGGGGGCAGAAUAGAAGUCAUGGGGCUCUUACUCGGCAAAGCUGUAGUGACACCCGAAGCUUGCGAUGCUGGGCCGCGGGGUGAAGCCGGCGUUUCGAUACAUUACGAAAGUGUGUCUUCUGUUUCUGAGGCAGAGGGGGAAAUAGAAGGACAACAGGAUGCUCAAACGGGUUACUUUGUUGUGACAGACUGCUUCGCGUUGCCUGUGGAGGGCACAGAGACUCGGGUGAAUGCCGCAGAAGAGGCAAACGAAUUCAUGAUUCAAUAUCUAGAAGCAGCAGAGAAAGUACCGAUGCAGCAGAAAGUAGUGGGGUGGUACCAUUCCCACCCUAACUACGGGUGCUGGCUCUCAGGGAUUGACGUGCGCACGCAGCACCUGCAACAGCAGCACCAGGACCCCUUUCUGGCAAUUGUUGUAGACCCAAUCCGAACGAUAAGCAACAGAUCCAUCGAGUUGGGGGCGUUCAGAACUUUUAUGCCUGGAGAGGCAAAGAGGGAAGAUGAGGGAGAUGCUGAGGCGGCUUCAUCGCAGUUGUUGCCUGCAGAAAAGGUGAACGACUUCGGCGCCCACUGGAAACAAUAUUAUCAGCUGCGUGUCCACUGGUGCUCCAACUCUGUCAGUGCGAGACUGUUGGAGGGGAUGGGUAGAGCUUCAUGGCCCCAACUGAUUGUGGGCCAAAGCCUCCACCGGAACCGGUCUCUGGAGCUCCGCCGGUUAGAAGCUGUCGUUGAGUCUUGCAAUAACGCCAUCAGUGCUGCUGAACGCAGUCAGCCCCUGGCCAUGGGAAGCGCCAGCGGCCAAGAGGUGAGGGAGCAGUCUGACCUUAGUGACGGUACCUUCACUGCCGAAUAUUCGGAGGAAUCGGAAUUAGGCGCUGCGAGGGGGAAAGGUCUGUGUGAAAAGCUCGUCUGCACUGCAGAGAAAGCUGCAGAUAUCGCAAGUGCCGUCUACAGCGACAACCUUACAUGGCGUGAGCAUGUCCUUGCGUCUCAGCAACCAGAUGGGGCAUUCAGUUCGGAAACACAGCCCUAA